GCUUCUCAGACGGUAUCUCUCUUCUUCGCUCCGCAGAGCCCGUUUCCCGUUGCGCAUCUCGCCUGAGGUCCAACAGGCGCUCAAUGACAAAAAACAACCUGUUGUGUCGUUAGAAUCAACUAUCAUCACCCAUGGCUUACCGUAUCCCAACAACCUCUCAAUGGCCCAGGACGUGGAAAAGGUCAUCAGAGACAACGGAGCCAUUCCAGCGACCUGUGCUUUUAUUGACGGAGUGCCCUACGUGGGACUUCAGCCUGAACAAUUGGCGAUGUUGGCAGAAGUGUCGACCCAGGGCCACAUCAACAAGGUGUCACGGCGUGACAUUGGCUACACCAUGGCCAACAAGCUUAACGGAGGCACCACAAUUGCUCUGACGAUGAUAUUGUCGCAUAUGGCUGGGAUCCAGGUGUUUUCCACCGGUGGUUUGGGUGGGGUCCACAAGGAAGCACACUUGACGUUUGACGUUUCUGCCGACUUGACAGAACUAGGAAGAACGCCUGUGACGGUGGUGUGCUCUGGACCCAAGGCUAUCUUGGACAUUGGCCUCACCAUGGAAUUUUUGGAGACUCAGGGAGUUUUUGUGGGCACUUACAACGACAAUGGCAGACCUAACGUGGAAGUGCCUGGCUUCUACUGUAGGGAAUCGGGAGUCAAGUCUGCGUACUCAUUCGACUCGUUCGACCAGGUUGCUGGAAUUGUGCACAACCACAAUAAUGUGAUGGGACUCACCUCGGGAAGCGUGAUCUGCGUCCCUCCUCCAGAAGACAUUGCCUUGUCGUCAUCGUUCAUCAACGGAAUCAUCGAUGGUGCUCUCAAGGAGGCCAAACUAGUGGGAGUGAGUGGUAAGGAGGUCACCCCCUUCUUGUUGAGCAAAAUCGCCAAAGACACCCAUGGCAAGUCUGUGGAGUGUAACAUUAAAUUCGUGUUGAACAACGCCAAAGCGGCUGCGAAAAUUGCCAAGGGGCUUCUUGAAUGCGACGUCCAAGGAACUCCAGUAAUGAGCACACAUGUGCUGCCCCCGGCCUUAGGCCAACUUGAUGCAAGUGUUCCUGGUCAGGCGGCGACUAGUAGGGCUGCUGAUGCUGCGCACACCGUGGUAGUUGGCUCCAUCGCGUUGGAUACCAUUUCCACGGUGGGUGCAAAAACAAAAAUGGGGGACUCUAACCCUGGCUCUGUCGAGUCUUCGGUAGGUGGUGUGGGCUACAACAUCAGUUUGGCGUGCCAUUAUGCCUCUAUGGCAGCACUGGAGUCCUCCAGCUGCAGAUUGGUCUCUAUGGUGGGCGAUGACUUUUCGGGAAAAUCGAUUGUUAGUUUAUUGGACAGCCAGAAUAUCGACUCUUCUGGCAUAAAGGUGGCACCUGGCCAAUCUACGGCCCAGUACUCAAGCACCCAUUCGUCUGAUGGAGAAUUAAUUGUCGCCUGCGCUGACAUGGCCAUUAUUGAGCAGGAUUUCGCAGCCCAUAUUAUCGAACAAUUAGACAGAGCAAAUCCCCAAAACGUGGUCAUGGACUGCAACUUGGCUCCUGCUGUUGCCAAUAAAGUGCUCCAUCAUAUCUACAAAAACCAUAAUCAUGCUAACGUCAUUAUAGAGCCAACAUCGCAUGCCAAAGCUUCUCGCAUUUCUCAACUUAAUACUGGUGUAUUCCCCAACAAUGUGCUCCAUUUGGCUACCCCCACCGCUGCUGAGGUCGAGUCGAUGUACGCUGGGUUCAGCGAACAGGGCAAAUUUGACGAUUUCGAUCAGUGGUUCCCGUUGCUCGAUGCCCUUGGAAUCGAUGGCACUUUCAGAGAGAAGUUGAACGCCUUGUCCAACAAGAAAGACCACCAUGUAUUGAAGUCGCUUUUGUCGCAAGGAACGUUGCAGCAAGCGUUCCAAUUGCUCCCCUUCGUGCCCAAUUUGUACGUCAAAUUGGGUGCAAAUGGUCUUCUCACUCUCAGCAUUUCCACCAACGUCAAUGACUACAAGUCUAUCCCAACCACAUCUUUGUACAGGCCUACAUUCAUGCUCAAGUCAGAGGGACGAGUUCUUGAAGGAGGCAGUACUAUGGGGGUUAUUAUCCAGCAUUUCCCUAUUCCUGCCGAAAACCAAAAUUUGGCAAUAAAGAACGUUACUGGUGCUGGAGACUCGAUGUUGGGAUUUUUGGUGUCGAGGCUUCUGGGCAGGGACGAUGCCAAUUGGCUCCAGCCUGAACUCCAGUCGGUGGAGCAGGAAUGGGGAAAAUGGGAAGCACUCUACAAGGCACAGCUCGCUAGUGGGCUCUCUUUGGAGAGCAGUACCGCCAUCAGUGAGGAGAUCAGGUUCUUGAAGUAGUUCCCCAUCCUAUCUGUGUAAUUGUUAUUCUAUAGACGCAUAUAAUGAAGAGCAUUUGAUAGUAAAUUAAUGAUAAGCCAAUAAAAAUU